AUGGAAGAGAUUAAUCCAAUAAGUACAGGAUUUUUUACUAGUGGUAGUAAUAUAUGGAACAAUGAUUAUGGAUCACUACCUUAUGAAGGUUAUAGCGUGAUGGAGAUGGCUUCUAUGAGAGUACUCACUCCGCCAUGGCGAGGAUGCAUGGUUUCAAUGGCGAUGGAUUGUCUCGACUGUCAAUAUUUACAAGAAGUGAUCGAAGAGGGUGAUCCAACAUAUGUUGCUAUGAUACUCUCUGAGAUAAAGGAUUAUUUACACCAGCUCAUGAAACAUCAGUUUGGCAACUAUUUGAUUCAAAAGAUUUUUGAAGCAAAGAAAGGCAUCACUAAUAUCCAAAUAGAUUCUAUUAUUUACUUGAUUAUCUAUGAUACUCACAAGUUAACAGACGUCUGCAAGAACAAUCAUGGAACUCGAGUUAUGCAAAUAAUGCUAGAGAAUAUGAAAUGUCCAGUCACAAAAUAUGCGGUAUUGUAUAUGAUGAAGCCUAUCAUUGAUGAAUUGAUGAAAAAUAUUAAUGGUGGUUAUGUCAUUGUGCAAUGUGUGAAGGUUUUUCCACCCACACUCAAAAAGGUGAUCUUGGAUGAAUUAGCAAAAUAUUGUGUUGAAAUUGCAACACACAAGAUUGGAGGUUCAGUUCUUCAAACUUGUCUUAAAGAUAGUGAGAUACUAGCCAUGGGCUUGAUAACAUCAAUAAUCUCAAAUGCUAUGUUGCUAGUAGAAGAUUGUUACGGCAAUGUGGUGGAAGAUUUAAUGAAAUGUUCUAAUCAAGAUGAUGUUAAUGCUAUAGUAGAAGAGCUAAUAAGAAGCACUGAUUUCUUGAAUGUUAUUCAAGAACCUUAUGGGAAUUAUGUUGCACAAAGAGCACUAAAAUGCACUAAGGGCUAUCUACGUAGAAAACUUUCUUUUACCAUUCGAUCCUAUCGCAUCGAGCUUCAAAACCAUCCACAUGGGAAAAUAGUGUUGGACAAUGCCAAAUCUAGCAAGCGAUGA